CAAGUGGGCAACUUCUUGCAUCGACAGAUGGCAAGGUGCUAAUCCCAAUCUCAGCAGAUCGUCAUUCACAGCGAUUACUGUAACCGGAACUCGUGACUUGGAACCGUGCGCCGAACGAUCAACAUAUGGUGUCCCGGACGCACAGUCAGAGUAGAGAAACUUGAUUAAACUUGCCGUGAUCCACAGAAAUUGCAAGUUAGACUCCAGCAUCGAUCAUCCAUCCCGUUCGUACUAUGGAGUCGACACUUCAAGAAAUAUCUGCAGAGUACCAGAAGCUGCAAACGGAUUUGACGAUCCUAGUCGAUAAACGAACUCGACUAGAAGCCCAGCUUUCUGAAAACGAGAUGGUCAAAAAGGAGUUCGCCAACCUCACUGCAAACAACACCAUCUACAAAUUCAUUGGGCCUGUCCUUGUUCCCCAAGACCAGGCCGAAGCUAAGAGCAAUGUAGAAACACGAUUGGAGUUCAUUCGUGGAGAAAUAAAACGAGUCGAGUCUCAAAUAAAAGAGACAGAACAGCAAACAGAAAAGAAACGAGCCGAGCUGGUUGUUAUCCAAACGAACAUACGGCAGUCUCAAUUGAAGAAUCCACCAGCCUAGUUAUGGUGUAGACAAGUUGCU